UUAAGCUUUUAGCUUGCCAUAGGUGAAUGUUGUGCCAAUGAUUCAUAUGUGUUAAAUACAUGUAUCUACGUUAUCUCUACAGCAUCUAGAGAUGACGAAGCUACAUCACCUUCAACUCCACCUAAUAACCCACAGACCAUCUCUAGAGUCCUUGCACUUUUAAACUCCUUCAAAAAGCAGUUGGCUUUGAAGAGUAAAACUCUUAAAAAAACCUGAGACCACAAUUAGAAAAAACUAGUGAUAUAAAAAAGUCUUUGGUGGAACUUGACCAUUUCUAGCUGUUGUUGUAAGAAACAAUCUAACGAGAUAACAAGUAAUGAUAACUCAUAAAAAGUUUUCUUGCUUGUGGUUGGUAGGUCUGUGGAUCAGAAUGAGAUUGUCAGCCUCACUGUUCCUAACAUGCGACCUUUCUUUGGAAAAGACUCGCAGCUUGUUCACUUGAAUGUAAGCAACAACGAAAUCUCAACUAUUUCUACUGGAGCAUUCUCCAACUUAAUCCAUCUUCAAGUUCUUGAGUUACACAUGAAUCAUUUGAAAACCAUCGGUGCUUAUGUGUUUUAUGAAAUACCAGAGCUGUUACAUCUGGAUCUCCGAGGGAACCAUUUGCAAAUCAUUACAGCAGAAUCGUUCAGUAGUCCAUUUAAAAAUCUUCCAAAGCUGAAAGUGUUGAUUUUAAUGCAACAACAAAGUCCCUACCAGACAACAUAUGUGAUGCACAAUGCCUUCAAAAACCUGCCUGCUUUGGAAGAUCUAUGGUUGAAUGACAAUCUGUUGACAAAUUUUCCUCAUCCAGCUUUAUCACAGUCAUCUUCACCAUUGCCAUCUCUUUUAUACCUGCAUUUAGAAAAUAAUGCUAUUACUUCGUUGUCAAGUUUCACCAGUUCAGAGUUCUCACCUUUACUUGAAGAUCUUCACGCCGCUCAGCAAAGUGUUCAUAAACCAUUUGAAAGAAUCACUACCUUGCAACGAUUAUUUCUCCACAAUAAUGAAAUAUCAAGUGUUCAAGAGGAGGAUCUGUGGAUGCUUGACAAUGUUCAACAGUUGUAAGUUGAACAACUAAUGUCAUGGUUACACAUCUUCACAUCUGUUACAUUCACACUC